AUGGUCGUUGAGAUCUCGCCUUUGACGGAAGCUGAUAUCCCUGGCGCGAUCCGUGUCAUUCAGCACGCUUUCGCGGAUGAUCCUUAUUUCAAGUGGGUUUUUGAUGAUUCCACGCCCGCGUCCCCAAACGGGAGAAACACACACCAGUUCAACAAUGACCGAAACUACCAUUCCCUCGAAGCACGCUGUCGCUGGGGCAUUAACAACGCCAUCUUCCAAGUCGCGAAAGAACAAAAGCAACAGAGCUCCUCAGAUCAGCCGUCCCCCGUUCUCGGCGUCUCCUGCUGGCUACCACCACACCCACCUGCCAAACCAGAGAGCUGGUACUCCUGGUACCAGGGCUGGGUCCUAUCGGCUGGCCAGCUGCUCACGAACAUACGCUACUUUGGCCGGGGUGGGUUGCGGGUGAACAGGUACUGGAUCUGGAAGGAGCAGCAGCAGAAAGCGCAGGCGGAGAUAUGGGAUGAUCCGCGCGGGUACUAUUUUUGUAAUAUGGUUGCUGUGGGGCCGGAGGCGCAGGGACGGGGCGUGGGGAGGCUUUUGUUUGAGGCUGUUACGAAGAGGGCGGAUGAAGAGGGGGUGAAGUGUUAUUUGGAGAGCUCGAAGAAUGUGCCUAAUGUGCAGAUUUAUGAGAGGAUGGGAUUCGAGAUGAGGAGGACGAUGGAGUGUAGGGAUGGGGAGGAUGUUUGCAUGUUGUACUGCAUGAUGCGGAACCCGAAAACCGAGUAA